GAUUCGUUCACGAAUUCGACAUUGCUACUGUGCCUUCUAUGGUUGUAUAUCCUAUCGUUCACAUGUUGUACACUUAUAAACUAGAAAUAAACCAUGAUUUCUUUAUUUAUGAUAUGACAAAAGGCUCGCCGCAGUCUCACCUGUGCGCCACAUAAGCACGAGCCCUCCUUCUUGCACUGCCACGUCAUUCACCGCCGUCGAGACUCCAACGUGUCUGUCCACAAAACCGGCUGCUGGGGGAAAAAACUAUUAAAACGGAUAAUAUUCCCACCGGUGACACGAAGCGGGGAUCAUGGGGGGAUCACAGAGCGUGGAAAUUCCCGGAGGUGGUUCGGAGGGCUAUCACGUUCUCAGAGUGCAGGAGAAUUCUCCCGGUCAUAGAGCAGGUCUCGAACCCUUCUUUGACUUCAUUGUGUCCAUCAACAACACCAGACUGAACAAGGAUAAUGACAUGUUGAAAGACAUACUGAAGGCUAGUGUUGAAAAACCUGUGAAAAUGCUGGUGUACAGCAGCAAAACCCUGGAGCUGCGGGAAGCUACUGUUACUCCCAGCAACAUGUGGGGCGGUCAGGGUCUUCUGGGGGUCAGCAUCCGCUUUUGCAGCUUUGAGGGAGCCAAUGAGAACGUCUGGCAUGUUUUGGAAGUGGAGCCAAAUUCUCCAGCAGCAUUAGCAGGUUUAAGACCACACACGGAUUACAUCAUCGGAGCAGACACAGUCAUGAACGAGUCAGAAGACUUAUUCUCAUUGAUAGAAACCCAUGAGGGCAAAGGCCUGAAACUCUACGUCUACAACUCCCAUCGCGUAUUUAUUCCCUUUAGGGGUGUUCCCACAGUCCCCCUGCUGCCCACUCACGUGACCCCUGGGCUGGGUCCCCUUCCCAUUGUCAACCCCUCCACCAACGUACCAGGUUUGAUGUCCUUACCAUCUGACCUCCCUCCCCUGCCAAACCUGCCUAACCUCCCAAACCUCAAUCUACCGUUACCGGACCUUAGCGCUGUAUCGUUAGCUGGAAUCAGUUUGCCUCCUCUCCCUCCUCUGAACCUGCCCGGCAUCUCUGCUCUGCCCAUGCACACCGUUCUCCCUUCCACACUUCCCAGCAUGUCCGGGGUCACGCUGCCAUCUUUCCUGGCACCAUCUGACCACAUCCCACCCAUCUCUUUAGCUGCCGGGCAAACUCCAGCGCUCACCCCUUCAGAGAAGCCUGCUGCGAUAUCGGCCCCUGAAAACAGACUCUGGAAGCUUGGAGCGUUCGAUCGCAGUCCGGUCCAUGUGGUUCGGAUGCUGGCCUGA